AUGGUGCUCACCAGACAGAAAUGUAAAGUUCUGGGGAUCUCCCCAACGCAGAGGGUUGAAUCUCCAUCUGUAACCUCGCAGACGAAAAUUUCGCAUUAUUUUAAGCCUAAAACAAAAACGCCCAUAGGCUCCGAGUCCCCACUUCUCCACGAUUGGUCUAUUGACCGAACAUGGUAUGGGAAGGAACCUGAUAUUGAUGAGGAGAGAGAGGGGAUCAGUCUGGCAAUGGAGAUGGCUCAGAUAGUCUCCCAAUCUAGUGCUACCGACACUCCCGUAGAACAUGAUCAAGAACGAAAUUUGAAACGCCUGGAAGGCACACUAGAUGGAUCAGUCAAUGCAGCCAGCCCCAGCGAAAAGGCUAGGAUGGAAUCCUCAAGUGCGACGAGAAUAGAGGAAAAUCCAAGUCAGUUAAAAGGAGCCUGCUGGGUCACAGAUAGCAAUACCUGUAUCCUGAUUGGGCUUUUCAAUGAAAUGAUGAAAGAAUGCCAAAUGCACAUAAGUAAAGAAUUAGGACCAAUUAGGAACUUUCUUACGGAAUGUGUGGGUUUGCUAGUAAGCCUGACAGAGCUCAUCAGGAGGGGAGCAAUCUCACACACCCCCACUCCAGCGGCUGAAAUUCCAACAGAGUCCAGUAUCUCAGAGAAGGUCCCAGAGAGAGCCACUCCCAUGUUUACCAACAGUCGAGUCACACACUCCUCACCUAAAAAGAAGCAUCGCCACCAAAGAAUACUCCCACUUCACAAGAAGAAGUCUAAAAACAUAAAAGUGGGAAGGCGGACUAAGAGCCAUAUACGAACUAAGAAAUUGAAUUUUUCUAAGUUAUUCAAGCUCCUGGAGAAUCCCACAAUAAAGGAAUCAAAUACAAAGAAUACUAAACCCGUGACCCCAAAACAGAGCAUUAUCCAGCAACCCAAAGUGACAAGUGCAUCACAAUCCCCUAGCCCUCAACCAACGAAAGAUCGGAACGAACAAAUAGAUAAAGAUCGGCAAACCUCCUCUGCUACUGUGGUGACUAACACCCCCAUUCGCAACAAGAUAACUCAGAACAACCAAACGCUGAUCCUCAACAGAAGCAGAUUGGUUAUUUGCCCUAUGUACAACCGUACAGAAUUACAUUCACUGGACCAACAAAGAACGUAUAUAUUUAAAAAAAUUGACUUAGUACUCAGAGGCCUCCUAUUACAAGGUAACGUUAUCAAUGCAGAUUUUCUCCCAAAUGACAAUAAGUAUAAUCGAGUGAUGCUGACAUUUAAAGAUGACUCGACCGCAAAACAAAUAUUAAUUAAUAAGGAAAAGCUGCAUAGGGUAGGCCUGACAGUGACUCGCCUAUUCGAAGUGCCCGGCCCCCUCGCAUCUCAUCAAAUUAAAUAA